GAUUUUAGUGAACUUCACAGAGCAAUGGAGUUUAUUUCCCUGGAGCAAAAACUGUUCUUUUGUUGUAUAAUUCAGGGAUUAUCACUUUUGCUUUGUAAUGCAGAGCAAAACAGUUGGAUUAACAGUUGUUCAAGAAAAACUCAAACGCUAUUAUGGUGAGUAAUGGAAACAUUCCAUUUGUUAAGCAAACCAUAAUAUUGAACUGUUCUUACAAAUGUGAUGUAAUUUCUAAUUGUUGCUCAGCGAGACUGAAGAUAAUUCAGAGGCAAAUAGUGUUGACGCUUUACUUCUAAGCCGUCUCUUUUUAUUAUGAUUUCAAACUCCUAAAACAUUCAUAUACAUAGAUAUACAUACCUUAGAUAUGUGUGCACACACACACAACCUCUACCAAACCCUUGUCUAUUGAAAUCUGUCUACCCUUGUAAGACCCCUUGAAAAUGUCCACUUCUUUACAUUUUUUUAUUAGCUCAUUUCUCUUUAAAUCAUCUUGUGCGUUUUUAUAGACAAUGCUCUCUUAAACGUGUGUGCGUGUGCGCGAGCUUGCGCACGCGCAUGCGUUUAAAAAGGUGGGUCAGUUCUGGGGUCAAAUCUAGUUCUGUUUUAUGAGGACUUAGGUUUUUGGGGGGUUUUUUCCACUCCUAGAAUGUGCUAAUGUGAGAUGUGCCAUUGUUUUGUUUGGUUUUAUUUUGUAACCCGUUGAACCCACUGUGCUCAGGUGCUGUGGAUUCAGGGCAGAAGUCCCGGUUGUCCUCCAAUACUCCGUUUUUCUUCACUAUUCCUAGAAUUUGAGCUAGGCACACGGUUGUCCUGAAUAGAUUACUCUAUUUGAUCAACUUUAUAAACCGCUAAGAAAUAAUACCCAAGACGGGGAGUCCAACAGCUCACGACUGCAUUAAAAUAGGAUACCAAGGUUUGGGAGAAGAAACUGAGAGACUUUAUUCCAAGGAAAAUUCUGGAAGCCCAUUUAGGAGUGAUUUAAUACUGAAGUUCUAAGUGUUGGUUACAAAUCCAGCCUCGACGUUUCUCAAAGUUGUACGAAGCACUCAAGUGUGAGUUGGGCGUCUUCGCAGAGCGCUUCACCUCAGGUGAAACAAAUCCUGAGACGGCGCAAGCCGCACCCGCAGGCAGACCCGCCCAGGCGGCCGCUCUGGGCUGCGCAGGAAAACGCGGGGCAAGCGGCCCCGAGACCGCCCGGAACCGAGAGCCACAGAGCGGCCCGACCGAGCCUUCCCGCCCGCGCGCUGCGGCACCCCCCCCCCCGCCCCCCCCCGGGGGCGCACAUGGAUCCCGCCCGAAGCAGCCCGGGUCGCCAGGCGGCGGCGCGAGAGCUACUGCGAGGCGCGGCCGCGGCCGCGAAGGGCCUUCGGGAAGAUCUGAGGGGCGCGGUGGUCCGACCCUGGAUCCCGAAGCAUGAGGGGCCCCGAGAGGAGGCGGCGGCGGGACACGAGAUCCUACUGCCAAAUGAGAGAAGCUUUCAGAAUGCUGCAAAAAGCAAUAAUUUGGAUCUUAUGGAGAAGCUGUUUGAAAAGAAGGUUAACAUUAAUGCUGUGAACAAUAUGAACCGCACAGCCCUGCAUUUUGCGGUGGGGGCGAAUCAUUUAUCCUCGGUGGAUUUCUUGCUUAAUCGCAAGGCCAGGGUGGAUGUUGCUGAUAAGCACGGCUUGACAGUAAUUCACCUUGCAGCCUGGUCUGGAAGUCUUGAGAUCAUGCUCAUGCUGGUUAGAGCUGGAGCAGACCAGAGAGCCAAGAAUCAGGAUGGAAUGAAUGCCCUCCACUUUGCAGCUCAGAACAAUAAUGUACGCAUUGUGGAGUACCUCAUUCAAGAUCUGCACUUGAAGGACCUCAACCAGCCCGAUGAGAAAGGAAGAAAACCAUUUCUUUGGGCAGCUGAGAGGGGCCACACUGAAAUGAUAGAAAAACUUAUCUUCCUUAAUCUACAUACUUCAGAAAAAGACAAGGAGGGAAAUACUGCCCUGCACCUUGCAGCAAAGCAUGGUCACAGUCCUGCGGUCCAUGUGCUGCUAACCCAGCAGCAAGAAAUAAAUGAGAUCAAUGAGAAUGGAGAAACACCAUUCUUUCUGGCUGUUAAAGGAGGUCAUGAAGAAUGCAGCAAAGUGCUCCUGACAGCAGGAAGUGAUAUCAACAUUCCAAAUAAGCUCAACAUCAGUGCUUUGCAGAUAGCAACCCAGAACGGCCACACAUCCCUUGUGAGCUGUCUUCUCAGUAAGCAUGUUGACCUGUACCAGAAAGUGGAACCGAAGGAGUCCCCUCUUCAUUUAGCUGUUAUCCACAACCAUAUCACAGUUGUAAAGAGCUUACUAAGUGCACAGCAUGACAUUAACAUCUUAAAUCAGAGGCAGCAGACUCCUUUGCACCUAGCUGCUGAUCUUGGCCAUGUGGAACUGGUGGACACUUUGCUGAAGGCAGGCUGUGACCUGAAGGUCGUUGAUAAGCAAGGGAAGACUGCCCUGGCCAUGGCCUCCAGAAGCAACCACAGCCUUGUAGUGGACAUGAUCAUUAAAGCAGAGAGAUACUACGCCUGGAGAGAGGAGCAUGGUGAGAGCAUCAAGGACUCAUCAACCAGCUUUACUUUGACAUUCAAGCAAGAUCACAGUCUGGAGACCAGGCAUAUUCGCAGUCUCCUCUGGAACCUGGCUUACCAUCAGCUAAAGGCCAAUGAGUGGCAGAAGCUUGCCCGUUCCUGGAACUUUACAGAUGACCAGAUCAGAGCCAUUGAAGAGCAGUGGUCAGGAAAGGGAAGUUUCCGUGAACACGGCCACAGGGCUUUGCUCAUCUGGCUGCACGGGACCCUGAUGACACAGGCCACUCCAGUCAAGCAUCUGUAUGAAGAGCUGGUAUGCGCAGGUUUCCCAGAACUAGCUGAAAAGAUCCGUCAAUUCAAAAAUGAAACUGAUGUGAGGUCCAAGAAAUGUGCAGUUUCGUAAAUGCCUACAGAAAUUGUAUUUAAUUGGUUUUCCACUCAGCAUUGCCUUUACAUUCAGUUCUUUAAUGCCAUAAAAUUCUAGCAGUAUUGACUGUCCUUUCAACUAUGAAGAUGGUGGUGACAGAUGAAAAAAUGGUAUUAGUACUUUCCACCUACUGAAAUGAAAGGUCAAAAUUUUUUUUGGUUUUUGCUUAAAGACAAUUGUAUAUGAUUUUUGCAUUUCUGACAUAUGAUGCAACAUAUGUGAUAGCAUAAUCUAGGUUUUUGUUCAUCAUGUUUUUAAAAAAAAAUGGUAGGAACAGCAUCCUGGUAUAGGGAUUUAGAAUAGACAGACAUGGUUUUAAUCCUGGUUUUACUACUUAUUAACUGUGAACCUUUGGGCAUACUAAAUAUCCAAGAUCUCAGAUCUUCAGUUUCCUUCUCCAUAAAAUGGGGGAAUGUCUCUCUCUGCCACAGUAUUGAAGAUGAAGGUGGAAUGCCUGUGAAAUCCCUAAUCUCAUGCCCACAGUAUUGAAAUCAUCCCCUGUGAGUUAUUUCUCUUCAGUGAGAGAAACUAGCUUUGAAAAUGUAUAGUUACUUUUGGCUUUAAAUAACACAUAUGUGUAAUAAUAGUGCUUAGAAAAGACCGGAAGUAUGUAUACCAAUGUAUUUUUUUAAAUCUCUUGGUGGUGUAAUUACAGGUGGUUUUUAUUUUCUUUGUACUUUUUGGUACUUUCCAAUUUUUUUUUUUGGCAAUAAGCAUGCAUUAUUUUUAUAAUCUGAGAGAAAUAAAUAUAAAAUCAAGUAUCAACUCAUAUCAGUUUACAUGCACCUAUUCAUCAUAAUUUAAGGCUCUCCAUUCUCAAACUCUGACUCUAAUUCCAUAAGGCACCAGAGAUAAAAUCAUGUGUAAUAUCAGUCCAAUUAUCCUGAAUUGAUAGUUUUACAUUUUGGUCUCAUCCUGAUUGUAAACGGCCCACUUACUUCUAUAAAUGCUUAAAAUAGGGAACAUGUUCACAGGAGUCCAAAAAGUUUUUUAAAAAGGGAUUCAGUGGAAAGUCUUGUCCCCAUCUGUUCUUCAACAUGGCUGGUUUCCAAUGACCAUGCUACUUACUCCCCCUUCCAAAAUCUGGGUAACCUCUUUAUGCAGAAGUAAACAAAGAGAAUACAUACUCUUAUUCUAUAAGUGUCUUAACUGUUAAAUUUAAGUUAAUUAACGUAGAGUAACACUAUUUGGUUCUGCUUUGGACAAUAUACACUUUCUAGAGCUUAAACACUUUUUAAAAAGAUGCUUAUGAUAUUCUCAGUUACAAUAUUCAUAACAUUCACUUUAGUUAGUCCACAUGGUUAUGGCUUGGAUACUGAAAACCAUUCCUAGUUGUCAUCUAGGUUCCUCAGAAGGCAGACCCUGAGACCAAAGUUUAUGAGUCGCUGCUUUUUUUAGGAGUGGAAAUCCAAGGAAGCAACAAUGAGGGAAAAGAGGAGUGAGAUGGGGAAGGAAGGAGAGCCCAGACCAGGGUGAAAUACCAAACUGGCCACCACCUGGUAUCAAGCAUUAACUGCUUAUCUGACUUUCAGGGCACUCUCUUCUGAGAGAUGGGCUGGACUAGUACACCUCAUGACAGUUUGUACGGGGGAGAAAGAAAGAACUGAUCUGUUAACACAAUGGGGUGUUAAUUCUGGGCCACAUAGGAGUAGCCUUCAAGUGGAGCCUGUGGUCACUUGUGAUCCUCUCAGAGUGCCUGGGGAAGCCCAGAGAAAAGCAUGGCCAUGGUACAGGUAGCAAAAGAUGAGGUGCUGUUGGUUUGUGUUUGUUGAAACCCACGAGGAGCUGUUUGCCACAGUGCUAGCUGGGCCAGAACUCAGGACACUGUUACAUAAGAACAAUCUAACACUCUAAGACAUAAUACUCAAAUUCUUUAAUUCUGUAGUUCAGAAAAGCCUGGGUGUGCCCUUUAGAAAAUGGGAUAUUGGCCUAUCUCACAUUUGUUCUCAUGUCCUAUUACAAUGUGAAGCAACUAGAAAAACUAUUUCCCGUAGUUAACAUUAGAGCAUAGAGCUAGAUCAUGUUCAGAGUGAAAGAGGCUUCUAAUUAAGUCCAUCCACUUCUGUUAAAGAUACAAAAAUUGAGGCUCUGGACCAAUUCUUUAGGAUUUAUACUUGUUUUUGUGUAACCCAAAGUACUUUGUGAAAGAGGUGUGAUAGGUAGAUCUCACUGUUUCACAGAUGGGAUCCUAAGAUUCAUGAAAUUAAAUAUCCAGCCCAAGAUCACCCAGUCAGCCAGCAAUAACACCAAUGGAACCUGGUCUUGUUUUGCUUGAUCAUUUUCACCCAGAUUCUUUGCACUGGCAGCUAGUGAAAAGUCUUUCCCCAGGCCUAGAAGGUUUGCUGAGUUGCCCAGUGCUAUUACCCUCACAGGGUGAUGUUUGGAUGUUCAGAGAGAAAAAAGGUUCAACACUGCAGAGUUUCAAAACACAAGAAAGACCAUCAGAAAUAGGACCAUUCUAAUAGGAAAUUUCUUUUUGAUGACUCUCUUUCUGUACUAAACAAAAUCUUUCCUUUUAUCAUUAAAAAUUAUUGAUAGGUCUCAUCAUUUCCCAUUUUUAAUUGUCAGAGUCUUAAGAAAAUGAAGACUAAUACAUUAAAAUCACAAAAAGAACUUUGUGAUAAAGUAUCAUUAUUAAUCUUGGUCUUUAGCUCUUUAAUUUUAAAAUAAAAAUACCUUAGUUUCUAUUACUUUUAAAAAUAAAAUUAUUUUUAUGUUUACUUUUGAGAGAGAGACAGAAUGUGAGUGGGGGAGGGCGGAGAGAGAGAGGGAGACACAGAAUCCGAAGCAGGCUCCAGGCUCCGAGCUGUCAGCACAGGCCCAUGAACAUGGAGCUUGAACUCACGAACUGCAAGAUCACAACCUAACCCAAGUCAGACACUUAACCGACUGAGCCACCCAUAUGCUCCUUAACAAUUUUUUAGUAAAGUUC